AAUUCUGCUGUAGCGUAUCUAAACUUACUGUCUGUGUUACAGUUGCAGCCGUCGUCACCAAGAUGAAUUGUGAACUGAACAAUGUAGACCCACCUGUCUGUGUAACCGACAACAUCAUUGGUUCAGAUGCCUCCUGCUUCGACUUGAUCCUCCUGGGUGACAUGUUCUACGAUGAGGCCCUCGCCGACAGCCUUCACAGAUGGCUGGACCGCUGUAUCGAAGACAGCGGCACCAAAGUUCUGAUCGGGGAUCCUGGGAGAGCCCACUUUGAGGGACAUGGCAUCCGGAAGCUCCUGCAUCAUCUGGCCCAGUUUGAAUUGCCUAAAAGUGUCAGGGAGCAGAACUAUGGCCUCAUAUCCAGCCAUGUUUGGUGUUAUAAUAGAAAACUAUGAUAAUCUUCAACCUUCUGAAUGCUUGAUUUGAUAAAUUCUUCAUCAUCUGAAUAUGUCUCCUGGUCUAGAAUUAGUAAGGGGCGAAUCAGGAAUCAAGACGUUUAUAAGAAAUUCUGUAGCAGAAAAAAUAUAUUUAAACUGGGGAAACCUUAUUCAAGCACUAAACAUUACAUGUCAGAAACACUAUCUGUGGUUCAUGUUGAUACAUGAUUAUUUUAUACAAGGCAAAUCAAGCCCUGCAGUUUUUUUCUUACUUUUCACAGGCAUAUAAACUUGCCAGAACUGGUUAUUCAUCUGCUGAUUCAUAUACCGGUAAUCAAAUUAGACGUUUGAUGUGAUUAUCUGAUCUGCAGGUGUUCCUAAACUGGUUUUGAUUCAUGAACAUUCAAUGGAAUUAACGCUUUAAUGUGACUAACGGUGUCUUAAAACUGCAGUAUUUACCAAUUGAAGUGUUUUAAAUUUUUCUUGUGGUUUGAAU